UUGAAAUUCGAACGUGAACACAAGCGCUGCCGGAGCAUAGAAUUUUUUUUAUAGUGUAAAAAUAUACAUUGAAGCAGAUUAAACUACAACUACAAAUAAAUGUGCGCGUUUUUACUGAAGUUUGUUAUAAAAGUAUCCUAAAAGUUGUUAGCUUCCGUCGCCAUACGUAGCUGCAACUAUCUGGCCCAACGAUGUCCUACUUUGCGGUCUACAUUCCGCCUACCAAGGAGGGCUUCGAAGGCACAACGGCAUUAUGUGGCGGCUCCAUAGCGGCGUUAAAUAUCAAAUUGGAAGCAGACAAUUCGGACAGUCCGAUUGACGACGAAGAUGCAUCCCAAUACGAAGAUCCUGAUUAUCCACCCGACUCGCCGCUCUGGCUGAUAUUCGCGGACAAGUGCAAGGCGCUGGAGGUGCUGCGCAACUACAAGGAGGCGCGUCUGCGUGAGUUUCCCAAUCGCGAGCAGGCCGAGAGCUACGUGCAGUUUGGCUUCGAGAGCAUGGAGUCGCUGAAGCGUUACAGCAAAGCCAAACCCGUUAGCAAGCCCAUACAGCUGCCUACAGUGAGCGUUGGCUACAAGCUGGACAGUCCCAUUUGCUCAUCGCCCACCAGCAGUAGCAGCAGUGGCAGCUGCGGCUCGCCCGGCACCGCUCUGAGUCAGGCCAUGUCGCAUAUGCGGCUCUCAGUGAACAACUACAACAAUGCCACGUCCAGCAGCAGCAGCAGCGCUGCCGCCGCCGCCAGCAGCAUCGCAUCGAAUGGCGAACGUCCGCCGUUUCGUGCGCCCAGCAAACAGGAGCUCGUCGAGUUUCGCAAGCAGAUCGAGGCGGGCAACUAUGAGCGCGUGAAGCGCAUUGUCUGGGACAAUCCGCGCUUCCUCAUCAGCAGCGGCGACACGCCCACCAGCCUGAAGGAGGGCUAUCGCUACAAUGCCAUGCACAUCUGUGCGCAAUGCAAUCAGGCGCAUGUCGCAGAGCUUAUACUGAAGAUCAUUUCGGAUCGCGCCUUUACGCAGCUCUAUGCUGGCAAGAAGAGCAGCAGCGAUAUGUGCGCCACACUGAAUGAAAAGCUGCUCGAUUACUACCUCAAUAUGCCGGAAAAGGGACGCAGCGAGACGCCAUUGCAUUUUGCUGUUAAAAAUGGACAUGUGGCCGUUGUGGAGGUGCUCACCUCCUAUCCGCAGUGCAAGUUGCUGGCCAACAAUGAGGGCAAGGAGCCCAAAGAUAUCAUUUGCCUGCGUGCGCCACAUGCCAGUCCGGAGUGCAUCAAGAAACUGGAGGUGCUGCUCUCCGAGCCGCAUUACGUGCCCGUGCUGCGCACCGCCAGCAAUCAGCUGCCGCCCUAUAUAGGACAACCCUUUACGCCCAGCGAUCCGCCGAGUUUGCAGCUGAAGUGCGAGGAAUCGGAUCGUCUGAAUUUGGAUUUGAGCAUUAGCGCUCUGGCGGGUCCCAUGCCGCGUGAGCAGGCCAUGCAUUUCUUUAAGCGCUGGAAGACGCCGCCGCGCCUUGGCAGCAAGAUUGAGUCGCCAUUUGCCAGUCCCGGCGGCUUAAGAACGCCUAACAAAAGUUUAUUGAAUCGUAGCGGCUGCUACUUGAACUCAACGGGACGUCGUGUGCUCUUCACGCCGCGCGUCUCCACGCCCUGCAAAAAGCUCGGCACCAAUGGCAAUGGUAAUACCAAUGGCAAUGGCACUGGCAACAGGCACGCGGACAACGUCGACAACAACACCAUGGAGCAUAACAACAACAACAAUUGCGACGAACAGAAGCGCCAGGACCUGCUGCAACUGCCGUCGACGCCCAUGAGGCAGCUGCAGCCCGAUUUGUUUCUCAAGUAUCGCGGCAACUACAGCGCCUCACCGAUGCUAAUGUGGGAGAACAACUCCUCCGCGCUAGACAUGUCUAUGGACUGCAGCUGGAACAUGUCGGUGUCCACGCUGAACGACAGUUUCCGCGAGCGUCACAUUAAGAACUCGGACAUUGAGAAGGGUCUGGAGGUGCUGGGUCGUCAGCUGGCGCGCCAGGAGCAGCUGGAAUGGCGCGAGUAUUGGGAUUUUCUCGACUCCUAUGUAGACAUUGCCUCCAUUAGCGGUCUGGCACGCUUGGAGAGCUAUCUGGCUGAAAGAUCGGAGCAGGCGCAGGCGGCGCUCGUUGCCGAUCGCUCCGAUAUGGCCUGGAACUUUUCGCAAAUACAUCAUUAUCUCGAUUUGGUGGCGGAGCGCAGCAGUGGCAAGUCGAGCAAUGCAGCCGCUGCUGCCGCCGGCGCCAUUACGCAGGUGAUGACGCCGUAUACGUGUGUGGAGAAGUCGCUGCAGGUGUUUGCCAAACGCAUUACCAAGACGAGCAUCAACAAUAUUGGCAACAUGGUCUCCAUCAACGACACACUGCUCUCGGAGCUAAAAAGACUGAAAUCUCUGAUCGUAAGCUUCAAGGAUGAUGCGCGGUUCAUCAGCGUCGACUUCAGCAAGGUGCAUUCCCGCAUUGCGCAUCUGGUUGCCAGCUACCUUGAUCACUCCCAGGAGGUGAAUCGGCCGCAGCGGCUGCAGCUGUUGCAAAUGCUGCGCAAGAUCGUGCAGAUCAGUGGGGAGCGCUCGGAGCAUUUGCAUUGUGUCUGCGGCAUAAUGUUGCGUCUGCUGGAGCAGGCGCCCGUUGUGCAACUUCCGGAUGCGCUCAAGACCGAGGAGCUGUGCUCCGGCGCCUGGGAGGCGGAACAAAGCUGUCUCUGCCUUUGGGAUGCGAAUCUCAGCCGCAAGACCAGUCGACGCAAACGCACCGAAUCCUGGCGCGCUCAAGCGCAGGAACUCAACAACAGCGCGAACCCAACACUAGCAGCAGCUGCUGCUGCGUUGCGCAUCUCCAGCGCCGCCAGCGCACCCGCAGUCAUUAGCAAAUCUCUUGGCUCCUGGCGCAGCAACAACAAAGACAAUCAGAGCGAUGACGAGGACUACGAUGACAGCGUGGAUGAAACCAUCUUUCACGAAUGUCGCGACUUUGCGGACAGCAGCGAUGAGGAUGUGGAUGAGGAUGUAUUUGCAACGCCGCCAGGCAGUCAGUCGCCAUUGCCGCCACUGUCGCCGGUGGAGCCGAGCUAUGAGUUAUUUAUCUUUGGCAAGGAGCCCACCAAGCGCGAUUCGGAUGUGCUCAAUGCCAUAUUCCAUGUGGAAGUGGACAAGCAGGCGCUGCCGCUGCUCUACGCCUGGCGCACUGCCAUGGAAAGCUUCUCCGCUACCGAAAUGGAUCUCUUCCCCUCGCCCAAGUGCGUGCUGAAGACGCACAAGCCGCUGAGCAUGAGCGCUGGUGGUGUUGGUAGCUUUGGUUUCAUUGGCCAAACCAAAUCGAACAACAAUAGCAGCGCCAGCAGUUUUGGUGGCAUUGCCGGCAGCCCGCCCAAAGCGCAUCCGAAGCGACUCUUUGGCUCGCCCAAGCUCAACACGCUGACGCUGACGUCCGGCAGCAGCACUGGCGCGCCCUUUGCCGUCCCCACCAUUACGCAGUCAUUCCAAACGCCACUCAACAAGAUGCGCGGCCUCUACAGUAAAUAUCGCGAGCCACCCACUUCAGUCGACAGCAAUGAUCUGGAUAUGAGCGACUGAAUCCGCGCAUACCAAGCACCAACUGCCCUAUUAUAUAAAUAUAUAUAUAUGUUUAUCUAAUGUCUAUAAAUGUCAUAGUCAUUCUCGCACACACACACACACACACAUAUAUACACAGCUCUCCAAUAUCCAGAUGUGUUUGAAUGCUGCUCGUUUUAAGCGAAGGCCGCACAUACAUCAAGUAUUUAUUAAGUUAAUUGUAUUUUGUAAUAAUUUAACAAUUAUGUUUACUUCUUUUUUUUUUUUGCUGUUGCAUGAUAAAAAUUCAGAAUAUCUCCCUUUUUGUAUUACGUGUCGACAGAAUAGAAAGCACAAUGAAUAUUUCGCUAAGACCGACACACUCUUUUGUAAUGAAUUAAGCUUUGGAAUACAAAUGAAUUUGUUGUGAUUUAGUAUAAAAAAAAAAACAAGCUAAAAAUUGAAUA